ACUCGUCAGUCGACAAAAAGAUACGUUCCAGUUUGGAAGCUUUCCUCCCUCUGGGUAUCUUUCUCUUAUAAAAUAUAUCUCUAACUUGCUGGACUGUGUUGCUCACAGUAUCGUUCAGAAGUUCCUAUUUUUGCGGUUCGUGAACAAUAUUCAACCAUCAGAAUUUCUAUUCGUCCUUUUCGUCGGCUAUACGUUCCUGUCUUUUGCAAUAAAACGAAUUUAAAUUUAAUUAAACUUGUUGAUUGCUGGGGAAACUAUCCAAAACAGAUAUUGACGAAAAAUUAAAUCACGGUAGUGUUAGCGAAAAUGUGCGGUCUAGGAGUGAAUCUUAAUUUGCUGUUUGGCUUCAUACUAAUUGCACUAAUUAUUGGCCUAGCUAAAUCUGAAAUGUAUUCUGAUCAACCUGCAAAUAACAACGCAUAUAUUGGAAACUACCUGGAUGAUUUGGACUUUAAUGCUGUACCGGCUGAUAAACGAUCGCCUUUGAUUUCUGUUUUUAGGCGAGCAUGUAUUCGUCGCGGAGGAAAUUGUGAUCAUCGUCCAAAUGAUUGCUGCUACAAUAGUUCAUGUAGAUGCAAUUUAUGGGGCUCGAAUUGUCGUUGUCAACGUAUGGGACUAUUUCAAAAAUGGGGUUAAACAUCUCAAUUUUCAUCAUCGUCAUCAACGGCGCAAAAUCUCAACUUUAGAAAGAUAAAAUUUCCACAAUGUUCUACUUGUUUAUGAAAUUUUUAUUAUUCAAUUGCCUCUGUAUUCUCUUCCGCUUGAGUUUUUUUGUUCCCAAAAUUUCGUCCUAAUGGAAUAGUUCUUCCUUUAAUAUUUAUUUAAUUAAUUAAUUUUAAUUUUAUUUAUUUCAUGAUGAGUUAGUUUUCAUUGUUAUCUUUAUUGGAAUUAUACUUUUUAUGGACUUAUGACAGUAGAAUUAUUUGAAAUUAUUGCUGAGAAGGCACUUUAGACAAUUUGGAUCCAGCCAGCCAAAUAAUUAUUUCCAAAUCGUCAUAAACUUUGCCUUCUCCAGCACUAAUUCGAGUAUGUAUUUUAUAAGCUACAGGUAUAUAUACGUGCAUAUAUGCAUAUACAUAUAAUAUGGUUUCAAAAUUUCAUGUAGAUAAAUAAUCUCAAAGGACUGUUUUAAUAACGACGACCUUGGCUAAAACGAAUUGAUGAAUUCUUACUAUAAGUGUUUGUAAGUCUUAACCCAUCGGACACUUGUAUUAAAUGGAUAAUAAGCAUUUAUUGGAAAUAUCAUACCGUAAAUAUAUAAGAGGGGAAAAGAUUUGAACAUUUUUUGUCUAUAUACAUUCAUACUACUACUAUAUAUGCAUUAAUGGUAACUACUCUCUUGGUAACAUCAAAAAAUGGAAUGAAAAAUCAGCCCCAAAUAUAUUCAGUGAAAAAUCUUAAAUAUUUAAUGCAGGUUAUUAAUGGGUUUGUGACAAUUUAAAAACUUUCAAUGUAAGUAUGCAUAUAUGGAUCAAGUUUCUCUGGGCAACAAAAUAUGCCAAAUUCAUGCCUAUAUAUAUAUAUAGAAUAUUUUUUGAAUUAUCCCGUAAAUACGCUUUGUUUUCCUUUCCUUUUUUAAUUUAGUAUCUUCUCUCCCUUCCUAUUAAAUGUUGUAUUGAAAUAUCUAUUAUUAACGCGUGGAAGCAGAUAAAAUAAUAUCUCAUUACAUAAUCCUACUAGUCACUUGCUAUAUCUAAUCAUAGCAGGCUUGAGAUAGUUAUGUAUGUAGAUAUGUAUCACUUGUCAUACUUAAUCAUAGCAGGCUUUAAAUGGUUAUAUAUAUACAUAAACGAAGUGAUGAAAAUUAUCCCCGUAUUAAUGUAAGCUAUUUGGGAAUUGUCAACAGAAUAAAUUAGUGCAACGACAGAAUGUGUUUACUAAGUGUAUUACAACUACUAUUACAAUAAUACACUGAAUACUAAUGGGCAUUUUGAGAAUGAAAGGGGUGCUAAGUCCGCAUCAACUUAAUGCAGGACCGGACCAAAUGGGGAGCAACUUACUCCCUCUUUCCUGGUUCACGGACCCGUCGCUUAGGGCUUGCACCCAAACUUUUAAAAAUGGAAUUAUAAUGAACUUGGGAAAGGGGCAUUUAAAGGUAAAGAGAAAUUCAAAAAUGAGAAGAGAGGAGAGUUUACCAAUCCGAACAGGAUAUCAUAUCUUUAUUCUGGGCAAUCUUGAAUAGUUUUAUUUUCGAAUUUUGAAUAUUUGAAAAAUGGCCUAAUUUUAUCUGUUUCUUAGAAAUUGCAAAGCUCUUAAAGCAAUUAACUUUAUUUUAUUAUUCUUUAUCUUCUAAUAUUAGGAAAUGAAUUAUCAUAGAAAUGAGGGUAACGAAAUAUUAAACAAAAAGGGAAGGGAAGCAAAAUCUGUAUCCUAUUUUUUGAUAAAAUUGAAUGGAGUCACAAGGGGAAAAUAAUAAUCCAACAAAAAUAUUAUUAGAAACAAAAAACAUUAUUAAGAGAAAUAUAUAUAUAUAUUGGUGUAAUUUUGAUGAAAUAAAUGCAAUCAAGAUGUAUAAAUCGAAAUUAUAUAUAUUAUAUAUGGCAAAUCAGAAGAAAAAUAAAUAAACGAUGUUCGAACAUUCUGA